UAUUGCGCAUGACUGUACGUCGUAAUAUGAAGUAGGCCUCCUGUUUUCCUCCCCAAGCCGGAGUCCUCCUGGCCCCCGCCGCCGCCUCCGCUCUCCAUGCAACGCUACGACCGAGCGAGAGCCGCACAACAAGCGAAGGCGUUUGCGCUGAAACACUCGACGAGGUGAGGUGUGGCUCACACAAAAAGAUUUGUAAGCACUCUGAAGGAUAGUCUCUGUAACAACAACCUCAUAGGGGCAUUCCAGUGAGUGAGUUUGGAUGACCGCCAUGGCUUUUCCGUGGUCUGGUGACCCCUGAUGACUUCGGCAUCAGCGCUGACCCCAAACCAUUUCCUCCACCAACCCCUGAGAAAAGACAUUAAAUCACACCGUGCAUAAGCUGCAGUGGGGUGGACUUCCAAAUGCCUACCUCACGCCUAAAGAGCAAGUCACCACAACCACAGCCCUGAUCAGCAGCCACCAUGACAUCAAGCAUAGGGGAUGAUUGUAGCAUCUUUGAUGGGUUGAUGGAAGAAGAUGAAAAGGACAAAGCAAAACGCGUGUCCCGAAACAAGUCCGAAAAGAAGCGGAGAGACCAGUUCAAUGUCCUCAUCAAGGAACUUGGCACCAUGUUGCCAGGCAACACCAGGAAGAUGGACAAGUCCACUAUCCUGCAGAAAAGUAUCGACUUCCUGUGUAAACACAAAGAAAUCGCUGCCCAGUCCGAGUCCAGUGAGAUCAGGCAGGACUGGAAGCCUCCAUUUCUUAGCAAUGAGGAGUUCACCCAGCUAAUGUUGGAGGCUUUGGAUGGCUUCUUCAUAGCAAUAAUGACUGAUGGGAACAUCCUCUAUGUGUCAGAGAGUGUCACCUCAUUACUGGAACAUCUUCCUGCGGACCUGGUGGACCAGAACCUGUUAAAUUUCCUGCCAGUUGGUGAACACUCAGAAGUGUAUAAAGCCCUGUCCACACACCCAAACGACCUUGAGAGCCUUACGUCGGAUUAUUUAAAGAGUAAGAACUACAUGGAAUUCUGUUGUCAUAUGCUCCGAGGGUCCAUUGACCCGAAAGAAUCUCCUGUCUAUGAAUACGUGAGCUUCAUUGGGAACUUCAAGUCGCUCAACAAUGUUCCCAAUGUGACGAGAAAUGGUCUGGCAGGGGUGUUACAGCGCUCUCUGCAGCCUGCCUUUGACGACCAAGUGUGCUUUGUGGCAACUGUACGGCUCACUAAACCUCAGUUUAUCAAGGAAAUGUGUACAGUAGAAGAGCCCAAUGAAGAAUUUACAUCUAGACACAGUCUGGAAUGGAAGUUCCUCUUUCUCGAUCACAGAGCUCCACCCAUUAUAGGCUACCUGCCAUUUGAGGUUCUGGGAACUUCUGGGUACGACUAUUACCAUGUAGAUGACCUGGAGACACUAGCCAAGUGCCAUGAACACUUGAUGCAGUAUGGUAAAGGGAAGUCUUGUUACUACCGUUUCCUGACUAAAGGUCAACAGUGGAUAUGGCUGCAGACACACUACUACAUCACCUAUCACCAGUGGAACUCUCGCCCUGAGUUUAUUGUCUGUACACACACAGUAGUCAGCUAUGCAGAAGUGAGGGCAGAACAGCGAAGGGAGCUGGGCAUUGAAGAGUCCAACCCAGAGGUCACUAUGGAUAAGAGUCAGGACUCUGGUUCAGAGCUGAACACAUCCAGUCUCAAGGAGGCAUUGGAGAGGUUUGACCACAGCCGGACACCCUCAACCUCUUCACGAAGUUCCCGCAAGUCUUCAUCACAUGUAUCCGACAACACCUGCACUUCCUCGAAGCUACAUAUGGACACAGCCACACCUCCACGACAGUCUCUGGCCUCAACCAUGGAGGUGACGUCACAGCGCCGCUCAUCCAUAAGCAGCCAGUCCAUGAGCUCUCAGACUACCGGCCAGAGUGUCACUCCAGCUAUGAUCACUCAGCAGCAGCAACAGCAGCAGCAGCAGCAACAGCAGCAGCAACAACAGCAGCAACAACAACAGCAGCAACAGCAGCAGCAGCAACAGCAGCAGCAACAACAGCUGCAGACAAAUGUACAGCCGGUGAUGGAGUUCACAGCGCAGGUGAAUGCUAUGCAACACCUAAAGGAGCAGCUGGAACAAAGGACCAGAAUGAUACAGGCGAACAUCCAGCGGCAGCAGGAGGAGCUAAGAAACAUUCAGGAGCAGCUGCAGAGAGUCCAGGGGCAGGGAAUACAGAUGUUGUUGCAGCAGCAGGGUGGAGGAAUGAAUGUGCAGCUUCCCCAGGUGGCGCCGGUCCAGCAGACGACUGCUCUGAGCGGUCAGGUCCAGCAAACGGUGAUCAACCCCGUCCAUUCGGGAACGCAGCAGCUCACCAUCCAGCAGCAGACAACUCCCACUCAACAAAGCCUUCAGCAGGCCCAACGGCAGCCGCAGCAGCCCCCCCAGGCACAGCCGCAGACCCAGAACUCUGUGCCUGCCCCGCUGUAUAACACCAUGAUGAUCUCCCAGCCGGGGCAGCCCAAUGUGCUGCAGAUCAGCACCAGCCUGCCGCAGAACAAUACACCACAAGGCACCACCGUGGCCACUUUCACACAGGACCGACAGAUCCGGUUUCCAGCAGGGCAGCAGUUGGUGACCAAGCUUGUAACAGCUCCAAUGGCUUGUGGUGCAGUCAUGGUGCCCACCUCUAUGUUCAUGGGCCAGGUGGUUACCGCAUACAACCCUUUUGGUGGGCAGCAGCAGGGAGGACAAACCCAGACUCUAACUCUCCAACCAGCACAACCUUCUCAAGGGCAGCCUGAUGGCCCCAACCAGACAGCUGUAGUGGCGCAAAGCGGACAGCAGGGGCAACAGCAGCAACAACAGCAAUUCCUACAGGGCACUCGUCUUCUCCAUAGCAAUCAGUCCACCCAGUUGAUUUUGCAGGCAGCUUUCCCACUUCAGCAGCAGGGCACCUUCACCCAGGCAACACACCAACAACAACAACAACCACAACAAAGGCAACAGCAGCAGCAGCAACAGCAACAACAGCAGCAGCAACAGUCUCACCAUCAGAGGCAUCAGCAGCAGCUCAAACCUCAGCCUCAGAAACAGCAGAAAGCGCCGUCGUCACACAGGACUGACAGUGUCAGCAGCCAACCGCAGUAAGGUCUGGAGGGAUACACACAUUUUUGGGAGAGAAAAAAACAGGAAAUAAAAGUCUAAGAGACUGCCGCAUACAUUUGUUUUGCUUGUGUGGCUCAAACUUUUCCUGUCAAAGAUUUUUGGUCCUCUUUUCUCAUGCUGAAAGGUGUGAUCACGUGAGCACGACAAGCCUGUGAGUCCACAAGGAACUCAUCAGUGAUUUUCAUCAGGCACAGAGGGACAAAUUACCCCCAGCAACCCCCUACAGACCCCCAACCUCCUUCCCCAUGUUUUCCCUUGGGAGGGAAGGGCUGGCGUUCCUGCGGAAGAUGACCUUAUUGCCACAUUCUCUUGGAGAUGUGUCAAAGUGGACUAACCUUGUACAAAUUUCCUGUAUGAUAUUAAGAAAACCAUGUGUAAAUACCCAAUAUAGCCUAACGGGAAACAGAAAUGUAGUAUUUUAUAUGAUUGCAUGGAAAGGAUAACUGUGUAAGCUUUUAUUAGUCGCUUUUGGAAAAAAAAAACGUUUUUACUUUGUUCCAAGUAUUUCCUGGUGUGAUGUCGAAGCCCCACCCCCAAAUUCCCUUUUCUCACUUAAGGUCAGAAUUGAGUUUUAAAAAAUUCAGUUUGGGGGAAAAACGAGACGUGAGGGCUGAUUUGUAUCAGGUUUUUUUUUUUUUUUUGGAACUCAAGUGUUUUUAAGCACUAUGACAUUUUUUUUUCGUAACUCAUUGACGCAAAACUUUUUGAUUACAGUCCAACUGAAAUGUUCACAGAACGAUCACUGUAAGUACAAGAGGUGCGGUGAUUCCAAGUGCCAAUUAUGUAGUUCAUUUUGUUUGAAUUCCCAUCAGAAACCUCAAAGGCAUGCAUACAUAAAUCUAUAUUUUCCAACAAAGCCCUUACAAUGCUCAUGCACGUGUGUGUGUGUGUGUGUGUGUGUGUGUGUGUGUGUGUGUGUGUGUACAGUAUAUAGAAGGGAUUAUUUUGUCAGAGAGAGCCCUAUACGUAACAAACAGUAUAUCCUCAUGAAACUUUAGCACUUGAUGUGGUUGUGUACAGUAAAACACUGUCAAGACCUAGUUGUUAGAUGUUUAGGUGUGUGUGUGUGUGCGCACGCACGUGUGUGUGUGUGUGUGUUUUUGGAAAAUUCUAUCUUGUGUGCCUGUGUAAUGUGAGUGUCUGUGGGCCCCGUGUGUCUUACAGUAAUCGACUUAGUAAGGGUUCGGAGUUGCUAGAUGGUACUUCUACUCUCAGGAAUGUGGAAAGAUUUUAAAAUUUAGUUUCUGCCUCAGUCUGGAACCAGACCAGGAAGGGUUAAACGGUGAUGCGGCAAAGACCUAGAGCAGGGCUUUCAAAGUGUGAGAUUGUGCCAGAAGACCUUAGGAGUGGUAUGGCGGCUUGAGAAAAAUAAAGAAACAUGUUUUUCCUAUUUUCUACAAUGAGAGAAUAAACAGUCCGGAGUGAGCUGAAGAUUCCACAAAAUGCUCAGUGUCACACUUUGUAAAACAACUGACCUAGAGGCUAGAUGAAUACAAAGAAAGUCACAAGCAAGUGUGUUGUCUGAUGAACCUUUUUUUUUUUUUUUAAACACAGGAACAGGGCAAAAAGGCUUCUUCAGUAUGAAGCAUUCUUUGUCUUGCUGCUUCGUCUUUUGCAUCAUCAGUUUAACCCUUCUCCUCCUUGUUGGGCCUCAUAAAAAUUUUCAUGCAGUUCACAUCAGAUGUAUCUCAGUUCUCAAACAGCAGUCUAAAGCAGGACCAGGUCCACAUGGACUUCCUCACUACACUUGUAAGCCAUAUCAAAACGCAAAAGCCUCGGUUUGGAGUGUUGAUGGUUGGUAAAGGCGUGAUUCUUUUAGAAUGUGUUAUGUCUCCUAGCAUGUGUGUGUGUGUGUGAGAAUAUAGUAUCUCUUCUUCCUGAUUCUUGUAUCUCUUAGGGGGUGUCAGUAUUGGUUGCCCCCACUGAUAGCCAAUCAGUUCUUGCGUUGCAGUAUGAAGAAAAUUGUAAUAUUCAAGAAACUUUCCUUGCCAGUUGGGCUCAGUGUUCUGGAAGCCCCAGUGUGGGACUGCUCCACUUGAAUACGCGUGUGUGUGUGUGUGUGUCUUUCUGUGUGUAUGCACGUGCGUAUGAUAAACGUGUCACUGUAAACCAUAUUAUUUUCAUAUGGAAAUGUAUGAGUGAGAAGAAUGGAUGUUUGUUGGCAAUGCAGCACAUAGAUCCCCUAGCCCCCCUCAAACACCUGGCAACCUCGCAGAGGUGUUGUUUAAAAAAUGACUGACAGCUCAUCACAGUAACACUUAUCUCAAAAAAAGUUCUAAUUGCAACUCUGGUCAGCCAUCACAUAGCUGACAUAGAUCAUCUACUGUGUGUAUGAGGCAUCACUCUGAAGCGUGAUGCUGACAUGAUCCUUUGCUUAGUGUGCGUCACUGAUAAGCCAGCCCAAAGAAUGUACAGUAUAGGUGUGUUUUUUUUUGUUUGUUUGUUUGUUUUUUUAAAGACUAAUGGAUGUUGUUUAUGUGAAAGAAGGAAAACAAGGGGAGACAAAGAACUUUGCAACAAAAAAAAAAACUAGAAUAUAAUAAUCUGAUGAACAGGUUGUAAAAGAAGCUCUUGAGUAUUAUACUUAUUUCUCAAAAUCAGAUUUUUUAUUUUUAAGUCGAGAUGUAUAUUUCCAAUCACUGACAAGACAGCGAGUGCCCCCACUCUCCUCACCGAUCACACAAUUUGGUUAAAAAAAGGUUUCUGUACACAGAAGACAACCGUAUUCAGUGUAAAACGGUGCUAUUCUUUUCUGUACUUUAUGUAUGUAUAUCUCUUCUGCUCUUGAACUGUGCUCCUUUUAACUACCCCAAAGUCAAAUGUAAUAUUAAUAAUCAAUAUUUUGAAGCAAAAAAAUGGUAUUAUAACCGCCCCAACCCUCUCUCUCUCCGUUCUCUUGGUCAAUUUGAAAAUAAACACAGCUGCAAAUAUGA